AUGUCCACAGCCGGCGACGACGAAACAAGAUGGUACCCCAUCGGACAGACGGUGGAGACCCCUUCGCGCGCUGCUCGACGUGCCGUGAAGGAUGGUGGUGACGACGAUGAUGCUGAUGAUGGGGCCACCUUCGCUUUUGCCGACGAGGACAUGGGCAAAUUGAACCGAUAUCUCCAUGGUGGAAGAGUCUUACCCCUCGAUAAAGACAGUUUCUGCCAGAAGGUCGGCAUCUUGGACCAGAGCAAGAUCACCGACCACAUCUGGACCCAGAUUGAUGAUUUGAUCGGUACUUACAAGGAGGCAACUGAUUCGCCACUGACCAGGCUCCAGAUCCACAAGGACUGCACCGAUUUCCUUGGUGAUGACAGCUCCGAAACACACAGACAGUGGACGAAAGCGGAUGGCGAUGACAGCGCCUUCGAUGCCCUCUGCACCUUUGAUAAGAUGAACACGCUUGCGUCGCAGAUUUACGGCUAUGCAGACAACGCCGGGGCGGAUGACAGCUCGUAUUAUUUGUUCAUGUUUGACCAGUGCACGAAGUACAAUGAUGAUGACGCAACUGACCAGCAGAGGGAGGCGGCCAGGAAAGCCAUUCUUGAUGCCACGGAGGAUUUGCUGAGUGAUAUCGAGCCAAUGCAGCUCCACGCUCAGAAGGUCUCGGAUGCCCUGAAUGAUUUUGAAAAGGCCUGUGACAAGAGAGAGGGCGCGCUCAGUGACUCUGAAACUAGCAUGACCUCCAUUCUUAACCAGGAUCUGGGAGACAUCGACGACUUGCAGGACAAAAUCAAUUCGCAGCUGGCGGAUAUUGCGGCCGACCAGAAAAUCAUCGACGCGGACCGCUAUGAUCAACAAAUGACCGCGGCAUACGUUUGGAUCCCUAUCAUCGGGACAAUUGCCGGCCCCAUCGUAUUUGCGGAAAGACAGGCGGACAUCGAGAAAUACGAGAAGAAGAUCGCAGCCCUAAAGGACCUGAUCAGCUCCGAGCAGGACACGAUUGCAUUGCAUCAGCAACUGCAAGGCCAUGUCACAGCCAUGUCGAAACAAUGUCAGGACCUGAAGGCACUCAUCGGGCCGGCUAGAGAGACGGCCGAGAAGCUGAAAGGUGGCUGGGACUUGAUGGGAGCUGAGAUCCAAAAGGUCCACGAUACCGCGGAGAAGUUUGAGACCAAAAUCCCCGGCGUCGACUUUGCUGAUCUCCAGCUCCAAUCGAUUGUGCGGGAGUGGAAAAAGCUCUACAAGGGUGCCAGGGAGUAUAUCAAAACGGCGCCGGUCCUACCGAGGACUGAUGUCAUGUCCAUUGAUGACUACCAUGACCAGAUUAAGGACUUGAUCAAUUGA